GCAGCACUAUUCCGCCAUCCCCAUCCCAAAGCCCCCUUUUUUCUUUAUUAUUGUUUUCCUCACGCUUAUUUUGGCAUGUAUGUGCGUGUGGGAAAAGAGUGUGGGAGACCCACUUAAAUCGACCCAUUUCUUCCUCACCCUUUCGCGAUUUAAAUUGUGGAUUCUACAGCAUUUUCCUACCUGUCCCUCUGUCUUUCAGAUUCGGACGAACCCUAAUUUUCACCGCGCCUGAUGCAAAUGCAGUGGUGAAUUUUCCUGUUUCGAGCUGAUUUUUAGCGCGACACGCCCUCGCCGAGCUGGAAUUUUGCCCGGCUGUGUUUAUUUAUGAUUUUGGGGGAUUGCAUUUGUGAGCUCUGAUUAGCGAAGUCGGAAUCCUGAGUUAAGCAGCAGUUAUUUAUCUCCAAAUAGCUAUUUACUGGAGAUAAGUAUGAUAGACAAGAUGAUGGUUGAAUCCGCAACAAUGUUAUUCAGCAGAGAAUUCGAGGAUUUGCAUGAUGAUGGUUUUGAUGGAUCUACAGAUGAGCAAAAAAUUUUCAGUGAGAUCUUCUUCGGAAGCGAUGGUAGUAGGAAGAAAGAAUAUAUGGUUUCUGAGUCUACUAUCAAACAUUGCGACUGUAUGAAAGGAACAGAUAUGCCUCUUUGCUCAAACAGUGGAAAGUCAUCAUUAACCAGUCAUAAUGGUUAUGCAGAAGAGGAAUUUUCUGGAAAAUGUCCUUUGGAAGAUUUAUCAUCAAUGAAAAGUAACCAUGAGGUUAAAUCAUCAGUUGAAGAUCAUCCAUAUGAGAAACCAGAUUUGGGGGAUACGUUGUGCACUUCAGCUCCCUCAGAAGGAGUGGUUUCAGUCAUCUCUCUGGACAGUUCUAUUUCUGCACGUGGCACUUUAACAUAUAGUGUAGUCGAAUCAUCUGGUCAGGGUGUUACAUCUGGUAGCUAUCAGCUGAAGCUUUUUCCCCGUCAAAGCAAAGUAUUUGAUAUUAGUGGUAGAGGUAGCUGUAAAAAUAGGGUAUCUAGCUUAGAUCAAAGUGAUCAGAAGGAAGCUGCAAAUAGAACUGUUACUUCUCCUCUUUCUCAAGAGAGCUAUGCAAGCAGGCUCCUAGCUACCGAUCCAUCUACAUCUGUUGCAAUCAAAAUUGGUACUCAUCGAUUUACUAAGCCUAAAUGGAAGGAUGCCUGCUUUUUGCAACUAGAUGAAGAUGAAUUAGCUAUGCCAAAGGAUAUAAAAAAUGAUCCUCGUCCUCUUCUUCGGUAUCACAUCUAUCGUUUGCUUAGAGCAGCAGGAUGGCUGAUUGGGAGGCGUAGAAGGAACAGUAAAUAUAAUGGGAUUGGAGAAUACGUCUAUAAGUCUCCAGGAGGAAGACCGAUUCGUGAAUUUCAUAGGGCUUGGAAUAUGUGUGGCGAGAGUUUAUUGACUGAUGCCAAUUCGUGUGUUCAGACAAGUGAUUGUAUUCAGUGGGCUGAUAUGACUGAGUUGUGGGCUGAUUUAUCUUGUAUUAUACAACAAAUUGAUGAUAAACUAAAUAUUUUAGAAGAUACUUCUGCUAUGGCUCAUUUGUGGUGCCUUCUGGAUCCUUUUGCGAAUGUAGUUUUCAUUGAGAAGACAAUUCGUUUGCUGAAAGAAGGAAUUACAGUAAAAGCCAAUAGAAGUUCGGUAAUUGCAUCAGAUGUUGGGUCUGUUGCCAAAUACCGGAAAAUCACCACAUCAGAAAGAAGUUGUGUUGACCCAAUGCCCCUUCUUGAUUAUGAUGAUAGUAAUCAGAUUGAUGUUGGUCUCGUUGAUGUUCCAAUAAGUUCUGGACAACUUCAAUCACUUGAAGAAUUUGAGACUGUUUUCACUCACCAAGAUUGCAAUGCAAGUUCCCCAGUGUUUGACCAAAUAAUAGAUAAGGAAGAAGUUGUUUUUGGCCAAAUGAGAAAGAGUCACAAAAAAUCUAGAAAACUAUCUGAAAUGAAACUGAAUGGUUCUCUCUUAAGAGGUCAGCCUGCGGAUGAAAUAAAUAGUGUUCGAUGUGGAUCUAAGAAAUCAAAAGCUUGUCACCUUAAUGACAAUGAUCUUCUAAUCUCUGCCAUUAUGAAAACUAAAUUAUGUCGAACCCCAAACAAAUGGUCCACGCGAAAGUCUAAGCCUCUGAAGAAACGCAAGACCCGCAAAGGCAGCUGCAGAUUGCUGCCAAGGAGCCUCAAGAAGGAUGCAAAGCAUAUUCUAGAAGGAAAGUGGUCUGUUGUUGGAUCAAGAACAGUGUUAUCAUGGUUAAUUUUCUCUGGUGUUGUUUCAUUAAAUGAGAUAAUCCAGUACAGGAAUCUAAAAGAUGAUACCGUGAUAAAAGAUGGUCUAGUUACCAGGGAUGGGAUAUUAUGCAAAUGUUGCGACAUGAUGUUUUCCAUCUCAAAGUUCAAGAUUCAUGCUGGUUUCAGGUCAAAUCGCCCUUGUGCCAAUCUCUUCAUGGAGUCUGGUAAGCCAUUCACCUUAUGUCAGCUCGAGGCAUGGUCAGCUGAAUACAAGGCAAGAAAAGUAGCUCCUCAAACUGAGCAAGUUGAUGAGCUGGAUCAAAAUGAUGACAGCUGUGGGCGCUGUGGUGAUGUUGGUGAAUUAAUAUGUUGCGAUAACUGUCCAUCAGCAUUCCAUCAGGCAUGCUUGUUUGAACAGGAGCUGCCUGAAGGAAAUUGGUACUGUCCCCAAUGUCGAUGCCAAAUUUGUACAAAUGUAGUCAGCAAUAAAGAAUCUUCACAACUCCAUGGGGAUCUGAAUUGCAUUCAGUGUGAAGAUAAAUAUCAUGUAACUUGCAUGAAGAGGAACGGUGUUGAAAUUGGAUUGGUCUCAGACAACUGGUUUUGUGGAGAUGGCUGUUGCCAGGUCUACAAUGGUCUCCAGUCACGUGUUGGGUUGGAAAAUCUUCUCUCUGAUGACUUCUCUUGGACACUUCUGCGAUGCAUUCCCAGUGACCAAAAGGUUCAUUCCGCACAGCAAGUUAUGGCUUUGAGGGCAGAAUGCAACUCAAAGUUGGCUGUUGCAAUCACGAUCAUGGAGGAAUGCUUUCUCCCCAUGGUGGAUAUAAAAACAGGGAUUGACAUGAUACCUCAAGUAAUAUAUAACUGGGGAUCACAAUUUGCACGGCUUAACUACAGCGGCUUCUAUACUGUGGUUUUGGAGAAAGAUGAUGCUGUCCUGUGUGUAGCAUCCAUCAGAAUCCAUGGGGUGAAGGUUGCAGAACUGCCUCUAGUUGCCACUUGCAGCAGAUGCCGUCGACAAGGAUUGUGCCGCCGCCUAAUCAAUGCUAUUGAAGAGAUGCUAAAAUCUUUAAAGGUUGAGAAGCUUGUAAUAUCUGCUAUCCCCGAUUUGGUGGAUACUUGGACCCUGGGGUUUGGCUUCGAGCUUGUGGAAGAGGAAGAGAUGCAAAGUCUCAGUAAAACCAACCUUAUGGUGUUUCCUGGAGCAGUGUGGCUGAAGAAGAUGUUGUAUGACAACCACAGCACGGAUGAAAGAAACAGAUCAUGCGAUGAUUUGGAUUCGAUCGAAGUGGGAGCUCAUGAAAGCGGACCAAAUGCAGAACAAGAACCUUCUGUUGAUAGCUUUGCCACUAUAGAAGACCGCUGCACCACAUCAGAGGCCUUGCAGUUUAGCAAGGGAAACAUUCUAGACAUUCUGCAGAAUCCACUCCAUUUCGAGCAUCAGGAUUCAAAGCCACCGGGCCAUAAUUCUCUUGUCGAAGGAACCAGCAAUGAGGCUGGGCCUAAUCAACCUUCGAGGCUCGAUGAACUGGGUCAUGAGCAGCAGCAACCAGAUCACAGCUCAUGCCCUGAAGAUGCGAAUUCUGGACGGUGGCAGAAGCCGGUAGUUUUUCUUGAUGAGUUGUCGUCGAGUAGCAUUUUGGGUAAUCCAGUUUUGAGAGUUUCAGCUGAGGAUCCUGUGACCGUGCCGGCCGGUGGUAAAAUAGAUGUAGGUUUUGGGACAGAAGCUGAGGGAAUUCAUUCAGUUAGACAAAAUAUUGUCUUCUUGUAAAAAAAAUGAAAAAAAAGUAGUUCAAUAGAGGGUAUCAAAGCAAAAAAAAAGCCCAGUUACUUAUGAAAUUAAAAAAAAUGAAAUCUCCAAACAGUCAAUUUCCUGGAUUUAUACUUCUUUGUAGAGGCAAAGCGCUCAAAUUCUUAUUAUGCAUCACAUUUCUCUUACAUUUUCU